AUGUCUGCUUCCAGAGUUCGCGUUGAGUAUUAUGUGAACGAGAACACAUUCAAGGAACGACUGCAGUUAUACUUCAUCAAAAAUCAACGUUCGAGUUUGAGAAUACGACUUGCCAAUCUUUUCUUCAAACUCUUAACAUGCUUCCUGUAUAUAUUCAGAGUUAUUACCGACAGCGAUCCAACAUACGCAGCAUGUUACGGUUGCCUAGCCGGCAACAAGAGCGAGAUUCUCGCGUCGCAGACCUUGACGGAGGAGGAGUUCCAGGAGCACCCGACCAUCAAUUGGGAUGCUAUCCUGUGGGUCAGGAGACCUUUAGAGUUGUGGGUUGUCCAAGUCAUCUUGGCGAUGGUGUCGUUAACCGAGGCUCUGUUGCUCGCCUACCUCGGUUACAAGGUACGUCAUCCUUCCCUCUUACAAAUAAAUUCCGUUUUUAUUACCCGAUAUUCGACUGCUGCCUGA